AUGGUGAUCGAUAGUCGCGUCUGUUGCGUUCAUAGUCGUAUCCACGAGACCUGCGAUAGUCUCGUCGGUGAGAACUAUGUCGCGAUUGUUCGCUACGCGGGCGAUACCUACAGAGGAUCUCAUGAUGGUCUUCUGAGCAUCGUCUACACGCUGGAUGGCGACAGCUACGACGCAUCAGCUUAUGCUGGUCAACUUCAUGACGCCCUCUACACCUAUGCUCGUGCACUGAACGUCACACUUCAAGCAGAUUCCACAGCAUAUCGCAAUGGAUCGCUGCUUCUCGACAAUAUCAUAAUGUCGUUCAAAGGUGUAUCAGGCACUGUCGAUAUCAGCCGCAAUGGCACGCGAAAGCCAGUUUUCUAUCUCGAUAGCUUGAACAGCUCCGGUGUGCAAGUUCUGUACGGUACUAUCGAUGUUGAUGGAUAUAAGGGGACCUAUAAGCCACUUUACACCAAAGAAGCGGACUUGUGGUGGGCUACACAUGGAGUGCGACCACUGGCAAUACCGAGAUGUGGAUUUCUUGGAAAUCAG